CAAAGCACUCUGUAACCAUGAGCCUCACCGCCAAGGACAAGGAUACCAUCAAAAGCUUCUGGGCUAAGGUCGCCCCAAAAGCUGAGGAUAUCGGUGCCGACGCUCUGUCUAGGAUGCUGGUCGUCUACCCGCAGACCAAGACCUACUUCUCCCACUGGAAUGACCUGAGCCCCGGCUCUGCCCCCGUGAGGAAGCACGGAAAGACUGUGAUGUCUGGCGUGGCAGAGGCUGUCAGCAAAAUCGAUGACCUGACCAACGGACUGCUCACCCUCAGCGAGCUGCACGCUUUCCAGCUGCGUGUUGACCCAGCCAACUUCAAGAUCCUGUCCCAUAACUUGCUCGUGGUUCUGGCCAUCCAGUUCCCCAAUGACUUCAUUCCUGAGGUGCACGUGGCCAUGGACAAGUUCCUCUCUGCUGUGGCCCUGGCUCUCUCUGAGAAGUACCGAUAA